GCACACAUACACACUCGGCCACGCGCGCGCCGGCCGGCCCCACUCGCGCAGCGCGGUUCUGCGCGGGUCUCAUUGUCUGCUGCGCCCUCCGGCCCGCUGGCCUCGUCCCGCGCCGCGCGCCCCGGGUCCCCGCGCCUAGCGCCACUCGCAGGAUUCGGACGCGGGAAGGGGGCGCGCCCAGGCGGCGCAGCGGGCCUCGGACGCCCCCGGCCCCGCACGGAGCAGCCGCGGCAGCAGACUCUCUUCAGGGGGAGAGUCCCCAUCCUACCUCGUCAUGUCUCGCCGAAGCCAGCGCCUCACGCGCUACUCCCAGGGCGAUGAUGACGGCGGCAGCAGCAGUGGAGGGAGUUCGGUGAUGGGGAGCCAGAGCACCCUGUUUAAAGACAGCCCUCUCAGGACCUUGAAGAGGAAGUCCGGCAACAUGAAGCGCCUCUCCCCAGCGCCGCAGCUGGGCCCCUCCUCCGACACGCACACGUCCUACUACAGCGAGUCGGUGGUCAGGGAGUCCUACUUUGGCAGCCCCCGGGCCGCCUCCCUUGCCAGGAGCUCCAUCCUCGACGACCAGCUGCAUAGCGACCCCUACUGGGGUGAGGAUCUGCGGGUGAGGAGGAGGAGAGGCACGGGCGGCACCGAAAGCAGCAAACUCAACGGGCUCUCUGAGAACAAGGGCUCCGAGGACUUCCUGGGGUCCUCCUCAGGUUACUCUUCAGAGGAUGACUAUGCAGGAUACUCGGAGACUGACCACCGUGGUUCGGGUUCACGGUUAAGGAACGCAGCCUCUUGGGCAGCCUCUUUUUUCUGGAUGGUGGUCACCUCUCCAGGCCGGCUGUUUGGACUCCUCUACUGGUGGGUUGGCACCACCUGGUAUCGCCUGACAACAGCUGCCUCCCUCCUCGAUGUCUUCGUUUUAACCAGGCGCUUCUCAUCCGUGAAGACAUUCCUGUGGUUCCUCUUGCUGCUGCUGCUUCUGACCGGCCUGACCUAUGGUGCCUGGUAUUUCUACCCCUAUGGGCUGCAGACCUUCCACCCUGCGAUGGUUUCCUGGUGGGCAGCGAAGGGCGGCAGCAGGCAGCAUGACGUGUGGGAGUCCAGAGACUUCCAGCAGGCCGAGCAGCGCAUCUUGUCCCGGGUACACUCUCUGGAGCGGCGCCUAGAAGCUCUCGCUGCCGAAUUUUCCUCCAACUGGCAGAAGGAGGCUGUGCGGCUGGAACGUCUGGAGCUGCGACAAGGGGCCGCUGGUGGGGGAGGCCAUGUAGGCCUGAGCCACGAGGACACCCUGGCACUUCUAGAAGGGCUGGUGAGCCGCCGCGAGGCUGCCCUGAAGGAGGACUUCCGUAGGGACACCGCUGCUCGGAUCCAGGAAGAGCUGGUCACCCUGAGAGCAGAACAUCAACAAGACUCAGAAGACCUCUUCAAGAAAAUCGUCCAGGCCUCCCAGGAGUCUGAGGCUCGACUCCAGGAGCUGAAGUCCGAGUGGCAAAGGAUGACCCAAGAGUCCUUCCGAGAGAACUCCAUGAAGGAGCUGGGUCGACUGGAGGGCCAGCUGGCAGGCUUGCGGCAGGAGCUGGCGGCCCUGAGCCUGAAGCAGAGCUCGGUGGCAGACCAAGUGGGCCUCUUGCCCCAGCAGCUGCAGGCGGUGAGGGAUGAUGUGGAGUCCCGGUUCCCUGCCUGGAUCAGUCAGUUCCUUCUGCGCGGCGGGGGGGCCCGCAACGGGCUCCUUCAGCAGGAAGACAUGCAGGUUCAGCUGCGGGAGCUGGAGGGCAGGAUCCUCGCCCACGUGGCCGAGAUGCGGGGCGAGUCGGCGAGGGAGGCCGCCGCCAGCCUGGGGCUGACGCUGCAGAGGGAAGGCGUGAUUGGGGUGACAGAGGAGCAGGUGCAGCGCAUCGUAAACCAGGCCCUGAAGCGCUACAGUGAGGACCGCAUCGGGAUGGUGGACUACGCUCUGGAAUCAGGAGGGGCUAGUGUUAUCAGCACCCGAUGUUCUGAGACCUAUGAGACCAAGACGGCCCUCCUCAGUCUCUUCGGCAUCCCCCUGUGGUACCACUCCCAGUCGCCCCGAGUCAUUCUCCAGCCAGAUGUGCACCCAGGCAACUGCUGGGCCUUCCAGGGGCCCCAGGGCUUUGCUGUGGUUCGCCUUUCUGCCCGCAUCCGCCCCACUGCUGUCACCUUAGAGCAUGUCCCCAAGUCCUUGUCCCCCAACAGCACCAUCUCCAGUGCCCCCAAGGACUUUGCCAUCUUUGGAUUUGAUGAAGAUGCGCAGCAAGAGGGGACACUUCUUGGCCAGUUCACCUACGACCAGGAUGGGGAGCCCAUUCAGACCUUUUAUUUUCAGGACACUAAAAUGGCCACAUACCAGGUGGUGGAGCUUCGGAUCUUGACUAACUGGGGCCACCCCGAGUACACCUGCAUCUACCGCUUCCGGGUGCAUGGGGAACCCACCCACUAGGCCUUCUCUGUGCUGCUGCCAGCCAGCUGGGAGGCCAGCCCCUCCCAGCACGUGCCCCCUUCUCUGGGAGUGGGAGAGCAGCACCUCUGCCCCUUCCCCACAUGCUUGACCAGCGCACUGACUUCCAGGAGCAAGAACCUCUGGCCCGAUGGAGACAAGAAAGAAUAUGCAGGGCUUUCCUAGCGCGGGGCAGCUCGAGGUAGACAGCACGUUCCAGCGUCCCUUUUUGUGACCUCCUUGUGCCAGGCACUGGGUGUCUACUUCCCCCUCUUGGGAGGGUGUAUAUAUGUAGCAUAUCAUGGGGUGAUCGUGAGGCAGGGGGAGAGGCAGUGAGUGGACCUGUGUCGUCCCAGCAGAGGUGGGUGAAACCUGUCUGCCCCUUACCCAGGAUGGGGGGCUGGCACCCAAGGAGCUGCGGUUGGUAGGCGUGUGAAUGAAGCAGGUGCCAAAGCCAUGGGUGGGACAAGCAAGGGCCUGGGGCAGGUGAGCUGCCCCUAUCACCAGGCAGGGAAGUGACGUCCUCUAGGAGGAAGGUGCUCACAGUGCAGGCUGGGGCCGAGCCCCAGGCAGGAAGCUGCUUGUGCAGGGCAGCCGGGCUCUUCCAGAAAUCUAGUGCCAUCAACCUAUGGAGCUUGACCCCCUAAUGUCCCCCAAAGGCCUCUCUAUACACUGUAUGUGUUCUGGGUCAGAGUGGGCCACGGGGCUUCUCAUACCCUUGAGGGUCGGGCUCCUAUGAGCCUCUAAGGGAGGCUGCCUCUCUGGCUCUGAGGGGUCACGGGGGCAGCCGGUAGGAUUCCCCCUCUGCUGGGGUUAGUGCUUUCUCUCUCCCCUGAUGUUGGGACCGAGGCCCACUCUGCUCCGCAUUCCUGCUAGGGCAUGCCUGUGCCCCAGAGCAAGCUUGCCACAUUCCCCCAAGGUGCAGGGAGCCCAGACCUGCCUUUUGAGGCCAUAAGCAGCUGGGGUAAGCUUAAAAGGCUGGGGAGCAGCAUACUCCCCAGACUCUCGGGAUGGUCCAAUGAGAAUGAUGGUUGACAUUCAGGGUGUCGUGGUGGGAAGAGGCCUGUCCGCACUGUGGGCCUUGUCCCACCACCACCUGACUGUAAGGGGCUCAGCUACUCCCUUGAGACUCUCAGCUCUUGCUCAGAUUGUUUCCUUUCUGGCUCGUUUUCUAGGGGGGGUGGGGUGCUGUCAGGGGUGUGGGCUGGGGGAAGAGAGGGCUUUGAGACCCAGCAGACUCUGCUGUAUUAUGUAUAUAUUUUUCAAGGUCUGUUUUUUAACUGAAAAGCUUUGGGCUUGAUUCCUAGCCCCGUUCUGUGGGGCACCGGGUGAUUUCAGUUCCUUGUAACCUGGCUGCCAGGGGGGGCUGCGGUGCAGGCAGGUGCCGUAAGAACAGGGCUGAGCCCCAAAUGGGCUCCAAGGGGAUGGAGCUAGAAGGAAGGUGAGGCCUAAGGCCACCUGUGGGCCUUUGGCACUGGCCCCAGCUCAGCCCCCGCCCUCCCCCCCCGCCCCCCCCAGACAACCAGGUUUCAUUUUGCGCUCUCCUGUCACAAAUGCUGCACUAUUGGUUCUGAAUUUUUUAUCUCCAGAUUCUAAUUUAUGCCUAUGCAAAAAAAAAAUAAAAUUAUGCCCAGGAUUAA